AGGAGGGAGGUGUUAUUAACAGAUGAGGACACUGCAGCUUGGAGGGGUGGGUGACCUGUCCUCAGAAUGAGCAGUUAGGAAGGUUGCCUGCUCCAGGCGGCAAGAUUCUGAGAAAUAAGCCCUCGAACAGGAAGAGACAAAAGUCUGACUUAUAGAGGACAGAGACCUCCUGGUUAAGAAAAGGCUGCAGGCCCUCUGGCAGCCUGGGAGGGAAGAAGGGCUGCAGGGCGGGGCAGGGCGGGGCUUUCCUUAGAGGCCUUGGGCUGAGUCCCUCCUCCCUGGUCCCCCAUUGGGUCAGUAGCUCCUGCAGCCCUGCCAGUGAGGGACAAAUGAGAAGAGCUGUUGAUUUUUCCCCCCCUUGGCCACUCAGCCUUUCCCCACAUAAAUACUGAGGAAGACCCUGCCCUCUCCUCACUUCUCUGGACUUGGCCCUGGGCUAGAACUGAUCCCCUGGGGGUGGGGAUCAGGCCAUGGGGGACCUGCUUAUGCUCAGGGUAGCUGUGGGCAUAUGCUAUGCCACUUUCAGUGCCUCUGCCUGGUCAGUGAAUAAUUUCCUGAUAACAGGUCCCAAGGCCUAUCUGACCUACACUGCCAGUGUGGCCCUAGGUGCCCAGAGUGGCAUCGAGGAGUGUAAAUUCCAGUUUGCUUGGGAACGCUGGAACUGUCCUGAAAAUGCUCUCCAGCUCUCCACCCACAACAGGCUGAGAAGUGCCACCAGGGAGACUUCUUUCAUUCAUGCUAUCAGCUCUGCUGGAGUCAUGUACACCAUCACCAAGAACUGUAGCAUGGGCGACUUUGAAAACUGUGGCUGUGAUGAGUCAAAAAAUGGAAAAACAGGAGGCCAUGGCUGGAUCUGGGGAGGCUGCAGUGACAAUGUAGAAUUUGGGGAAAGAAUCUCCAAACUCUUUGUGGACAGCCUGGAGAAGGGGAAGGAUGCCAGAGCUCUGAUGAAUCUUCACAACAACAGGGCAGGCAGGCUGGCAGUGAGAGCCACCAUGAAAAGGACCUGCAAAUGUCAUGGCAUCUCUGGGAGCUGUAGCAUCCAGACAUGCUGGCUGCAGCUAGCUAACUUCCGGGAGAUGGGCAACUACCUUAAGGCCAAGUAUGACCAGGCACUAAAAAUUGAGAUGGAUAAGCGGCGGCUAAGGGCUGGGAACAGUGCCGAGGGCCACUGGGUACCUGCUGAGGCCUUCCUUCCUAGUGCAGAAGCCGAGUUGAUCUUUUUAGAGGAAUCACCUGAUUACUGUAUCCACAAUUCCAGCCUGGGUGUCUAUGGCACAGAGGGUCGGGAGUGUCUGCAGAACAGCCACAACACAUCCAGGUGGGAGCAACGUAGCUGCGGGCGCUUGUGCACCGAAUGUGGCCUGCAGGUGGAAAAAAGGAGAACUGAGACUAUCAGCAGCUGUAACUGCAAAUUCCAGUGGUGCUGUACAGUCAAGUGUGACCAGUGUAGGCAUGUGGUGAACAAGUACUAUUGCACACGCACCCCAGGCAAUGCUUGGUCUCAGGGCCAAGGCAGCAUGCCAUAGCACCCCGUAGCAACUUACUUGCUCAGUUGCAUGACAAUGGAGGGGAAUACAGCUUCUUUCUUGGAGAAAAAGAGAAGAAAACAAUUGGAAAGUCACAGGGUUGAUUUGUAGUCUUCUUGAUAUCUGCUGUGCACUGGGAAAUGGAGGCCCAAGAUUAUACAGCAUAUUCUUGACAGAGCUGUAAUAAGAAUCUGGGUCUCCUAACUUGAGUAGACCCUAUUUCAUCUUUCCUGCAAAUUAGUUCCUAGUCUUUGUGCAUGUAGUUUUACAGCUUGCUAAAGGGGGAGUUUGGUUUGGGGUCCAUAUCCAAAAGGACCUUCAAAGUUUCAGACCAUGUCCAAUCCAGCUGUAUGGCUGAGAAUCAGAGGGAAUGGAAGCAAAAAAAAAAAAAAAAGAAAAGAAAAGAAAGAGAGAAGGAAAGAGUUCUGUUUAGACUCCUAAAGGAGCAACUUUGCUAACUCCAGAAAGAUAAGUGGGGCAGAGACUACAUACCGGCCUAGAGGGAGGUAUUUAAGAUGGAGUUUCCCCUUCAGAUGCACUUUUAAAAUACUCUCCCCACCAACCCUGGGGAAACCAGGACCCAGCAUAUCCUGAGGACUUUUCCAGUUCAGAAACCAUCUCUGGAGUCAGGGAAAAGGGAUGGUCACUGCUAAGUGGACAGGUGACGACAGCUUAUCCAGUCAGGGCCCCCAAGAGGGAUUUUCCCAUAGAGAGCUAUAAAAGGACUCUUGUUUUGUUAUUUUUCCCUGAGUGGGAACUCAACUUCAUUUUGCCAUAAAUGCUUCUAGAAGAGAUAUUCAACUGAGACCUUUUCUCUCUUUGGAAACGUCAGAAUCAGAAAGGGAAUGAGAAACCCUGCUUUCAUAUCCCAGUGAUGCACAAGGCUAAAGGAGAAACCAGAACUAUCCAACCCCCUUGAGAGCAAUGUUUGACAGGUGAUAAAAUUGAGACCAAGAACUGGCCUAUAGGAAAACAAUCUAGACUUAUGGAUUUAGAAGAUAUUUUAAUGCAACCUAAGCAACUUGAGGAAUAAGAAAGCCCUUUGAACUUGAAUUAUAUUCAAAGUGUGUUUGCUCUCCUAACUUGGGCUUCCCAGGGUAUCUACACAUCAAGAAACUGAGCCCCAGGGCAAGAUACUAGGAAAGUUGUGGAUUCUACCUUCCUCAUUUGCACUUCUACAUACUCUACUGCUAAUCUUUGAGGGAGGAGGAGUUUCCCAUAAAGAGAGCCCUGGGGCUUAGCCACUGGUCUCCUAAAUCUGAGCAUCUCAGCCUUAGGAGUCUCCCCUCUCUGCAAAGGUCAAGCACCCUGCUGGGAGGAGAUAUUUCAAAUAUGUUGAAUAAACAAGUAAAAUGACUGAUCACCAAGAGUGGGGAAACACACUUAGCUUAAUGUUUUAAAUUAAAAAACAAUUUAACUGUUUAACAUCAGGACAAACUAGUUAAAUCAUGGCUGCACAAUGGAAUAUUAGCCAUUAAAAUAAUAUUCUGGAGAAAUAUUUAGUAACAUGAAAAAUGUGUGUGAUAUUAUUAAGUAAGUUAAUUACAGAACAGCAUGUUCAGGAUGAACUCAAUUUUGUUUCAAAAAUAUGAAAAUAUUAGCUAUCAUGUCAUACCAAAAUAGAGUGAUUGGCUUUCCUUUUUGUGUUUUUCUGUUCUUUUAUAUUUGCCUACAAUAAACAAAUAUUUUUGACAUCAAAAGAAUUAAUGGUAAGUUAUUUUUUUAAUGCCAAUAGGGAAUAACCAAUCCAUUUUCAUGUUUGAGUGAAAAGGAAGGUGAAAUGUUCAUUAAGGAAGUUGGCAUCUUAGGAGAAACCAUAAGCAGGUGCCUUCAAAGUCCACCCUGGUCUCUAUUACUUCUGGUACAUUUAAAACUACCAUAGAUGCUAGACACUAGAGACAAGGAGAAAUCCAUUAAAAUGCAGCCUAUGUCAAGGAAAUGGAAGAUUUCCUCUACCUCCCUCCUGCUAAGGAAAGUAAAAAAAAAACACAUGAUAGCUAGCAAUAGAGGGAAACGUGUGCACGUGUGUGUGUGUGUGUGUGUGUGUGUGUGUGAGAGAGAGAGAGAGAGAGAGAGGGUGUGGUAGUGGGAGGGGGAAUGGAAGAGAUACCAUCUAAGCAAAGACUGUUAUGAAGUAAUAGACAACCAAAAGAAAAGAUUAUUUCCCUGGGACUCAGAGGAAAAAACAACAACAACAUAAAAUUAUCUGUCUUUGAGGUUAAAUCCUCAAUAAACAUAGAUGCCAAAGGACGCAUCAUGACACUGCUAAGAAACUGAACAAACUAGACUUUAUUCCUAACUGGAUCUCCAUCCAAAGACCUCAUCGUGUAUCUGACGCCUUGUCAUUUUCCCCAGGACCUUGCUGACUUUCCCAAAUAAUCUUAUGGGGGAUUUUCAGAAACUAAACCAUUCUUGCUGCCCUAUACAAACUGUCAUUCAUGGAGAAAAUCCCUUGUGGGUUUAUGUCUGAGGUUUUCACUAAUGAAACCAAGAACAAUUGGGAAUUCCAUGAAAAGUUUGUCCACUCCCCCAGAAAGCUCAUAGUCCCACUCCUUCCAAGCCUCUUCCAGCCUCAUUCAUCUUAGCCUCAUGGCAAUCAAUCACAUCAACCAAUCUUCCCACAUGGACCCUGGGCCAAAAACUAAAGGAAUUUGGAUUUCUCUGCAUCCAUCACCUUCCUGUCAGGGAUUCAUUCCAAAGCAUUACAGCGGCAUUCAGAUUCAUUAGUUACAACCCUACACUCCUUCCCUUUUGGCUCAUCCCUAACAAGCUGGCUCUCAUUAAGGUGACAGAACACUAAAUCCCCAUGUUCAUUAGGUUCAGGGCCCAAGACAGGCAGAUUGGCAGCCACAAUUUGAAAAUUGGUCUUGAAAACCCACUGAAAAAGGAACUAAUUCAGUAAGGGAAACCUGUCCAUGAGCCUAUUCACAUAUUUCAGUAAAUCUAGGCACUGUUUCACAUUGCCUGGAGAAGAGAAGCCUGUAUUUUCUCAGUCUAGAUCUAAAAGGAAUAUGCUUAUGCUUGCCAGGCCCCAGCAAAGCUUUUUCUCCUCCUCUUCCCCCUCCUCCACCUCCUCUUCUUCCAUUUGAUAUCUGCCAUGGGUAGAAUCAGGGACUCCUAAGAAAACCCUAAGAACUUUUUCUGGAAUCUCGCAUGGUCCCCUGCCUCUCUCCUCAGGACUUGCUGGUGGGUGAUCAUAAGGGUGGAAAGGAAGUAACUGAGACCUACUAAGCAUCAGAUGCUCCUUCAAUCCUCAGAACAAUCCAGUUAAAGGGUCGCAAUUAUCCCGCUGCUACCACUGAGGAAACUGUGGCUCAGAGAAGUUAAGUGCUCAACCUGAAAUUAAACAGGAGGUGGUGAAUUUGAAUUCAGACCCGCUACCUGUUAAUCUGCACUCCUCUUUACACCACUUCCACUCUGGGACCCCAGGGAUCUCUGGAGACAUUCUUAACCGUCAGGACAACUUUGUAGAAAGACUCCAUUUAUAUGCAGUGAAAGGUGUCCUUUCCUCCCUCUUCUACAAGUAGGAGCCCUUCUCCAGAAAGAAGAAACCUAACUUUUGACUUGCAAAGGCCUUCCUUAGAAUGAUAAAGCAGAUAGCCUGGCUCCUGCUGACUUGGGAAGGCAGAAUCCUGGUUCUCCAGGGGGUACUCAAUGAAAUAAACUAACUAUUGUGGUCUAUAUUAGAGGUCAAAGUUUCAAAGGAAUGUCAAAAGUGGGUCAUUAAUUUUAAAGGUUAGAGGAAGAAAAUGUAGGAUCCAAAAAAGGACAAAUUUCUAGCCCCAAAUCACAAACUACUCAUAUCAUUGCUCACAAAAGACAGUGACCAAGGGCCUAGAUGAAGCUGCUUGAGUUCAGGAAAAUGAAAUGAAAACAAAGACCAGAACAAAGACUUCUAGAAGAAGUUGAAGAUCUUUGGGUAGGCCUGGUGCUCUAAACCACCGAAUUCUGUGGCAUUCUCUACCACGGGAGGAAAGCUAGGUUUAAAGGAGGAAAGCGCCACCCUCCCCUCACCCCGAGUAUCACCAAGUGAGACAGCUGUACAUUAGACUCCAGGGCCCUGAACAUCCAUGGCUGGUGAUGCACACCUGUCAGGCUGCCCUUUUUAUCAGGAAAUGGAUGUAUGAUGAUCAAUGAAAGCGCUGAGAAAAUUAGGCCAAGGCUCCGGGAAGCCUCACUUGGUCAGUGGAGGAGGAGGGAGGUUGUGAGCAAGGGAAGCGGAAUCUGGGUAGGGAUGGGUGGGAUGUAGGUGGGUAAGGGAAAGGAGGUGCACAAUCCUCAGAGUCUCAGGUACCUGCAUUACACUUAUGAUGGGACUGGGAUCUUGAGACAGUCCUUUGCCAUUUUUUCAAUCUAUAAGCUUCUUGCAGUUUAUAAGAGGUCACUUGAUUCAGCAACUUCCUUCUUAGCAGGAGAAGUCCUAAUCCAAGGCCUAAGCACAUUAUACACUCUGUGUUGAAAGACCACCAGGGAAAUUAUCACAGCCUUAUUAAUUAACUAAUAAAAGAAAAAUUUUUUUUAAAUUUACAAUUGAUGACAAAAGAAAGAAAGAAGGACCACCAGGGACGGAGAAGCUAGUAUUUCCUUAUGUGAGAUAAAGUGUCUGUUAGGACAUUUGCUGCAUGACUGACCUGAAUCACCACUGUUAUAUUUUAAGUCUACCAAAUCUUCUAGAACCUUUCAUGAUGGAUUCAGGCCUUCAAACACUCUUUUUCUCCAACCUGAAUAACCUAAUUACUCCAGUUUUUCACUAGUUCUCUCUCACAGUCUUUUUCCUAGACUGUCUUCAAAAGCACCAGCUUUUGGAGUUCCCGUCGUGGC